CGCAUUGUUUAUCUGCGCUGGUUCGGCCGCGCGCGGCUCCGGAGCGAUGGAUCCGUAAACACCGCGAGCGCGCUCCAGGUUCUGAUUUUAAUCCUCGUCUCAUCCAUCAUGUGAAUUGUCUGACUGUGGACUGCGCGGUUCCCCGGGGGUUCGUUCACCUGAUCAUCAUCACCACCACCACCAACAACAACAACAAAGGAUCCGCGGAUUCUUAUUAAUUAACCCGUAUAAUAUUGUGUAAAUUAAUGCUCGAGCGAGCGCGCGCCCGCUCCGACCCGCCUGCGCGCAAACACCACGAAACCCAACUGGAUCGGAUCGGAUCGGAUCGGAUUUGUAUGCCUUGGUAAAAAAAAAUAAUAAGAAGAAGAAUAAAUAAAGCGAGGCUGUGAAGGUGAAGAUGUGGCUCCACCCGGAGGAGGUGCUGCUGGCUGGUGCGCUUUGGGUCACCGAGCGCGCAAACCCCUACUUCAUCCUGCAGAAGAGGAAAGGACAUGGAGAAGGAGGUGGAGGAGGAGGACUAGCUGGUUUGUUGGUCGGGACCCUGGACGUCGUGCUGGACUCCAGUGCACGCGUGGCUCCGUACAGGAUCCUUUAUCAGACACCCGACUCGCUGGUCUACUGGACCAUCGCCCACGGGAGCUCCCGUAGAGAGAUCACUGAACACUGGGAGUGGCUGGAACACAACCUCCUGCAGACUCUGUCAAUAUUUGAGAAUGAGAACGACAUCACAACAUUUGUCAAGGGCAAGAUUCAGGGCAUCAUUGCUGAAUACAACAAAAACCAUGACAAUAAGGAGGAUGACGACACGGACAAGUUCAAGGAAGCCACUGCUAAGUUUCGGAGGUUGUUCGGGAUGCCAGACGAGGAGAAGUUGGUGAACUACUACUCCUGUAGCUACUGGAAGGGCCGAGUGCCCAGGCAGGGCUGUCUCUACCUCAGCAUCAACCAUCUCUGCUUCUACUCUUACCUGCUGGGCAAGGAGGCCAAGCUGUUGGUCCGCUGGGCCGACAUCACUCAGCUGGAGAAGAACGCCACCCUGCUGCUGCCGGACAUGGUGCGAGUGAGCACCCGCUGCAGCGAGCACGUCUUCUCCGUGUUCCUCAACAUUAACGAGACCUUCAAGCUGAUGGAGCAGCUGGCCAACAUCGCCAUGCGCCAGCUCCUGGACAACAAGGGCUUCGAGCAGGACCGCUCGCUGCCCAAGUUCAAGAGGAAGUCGCCUAAAAAGGUCUCGGCCCUCAAGAGGGAUCUGGACGCCAGGGCUAAAAGUGAACGAUACCGCACCCUGUUCCGUCUCCCGAAAGACGAGAAGCUGGACGGACACACAGACUGCACGCUGUGGACUCCUUUCAACAAGAUGCACAUCCUGGGGCAAAUGUUCGUCUCCACCAACUACAUCUGCUUCACCAGUAAAGAGGAGACCAUGUGCAGCCUCAUCAUCCCCCUCCGAGAGGUGACCAUCGUGGAGAAGGCAGAUAGCUCGAACGUGUUACCGAGCCCGUUAUCGAUCAGCACCAAGAACCGGAUGACCUUCCUGUUCGCCAACCUGAAAGACCGCGACUUCCUGGUGCAGAGGAUCUCCGACUUCCUGCAGCAGACGUCGUCUAAGAUCUACUUCGAGCGAGAGAUCACGGGCAGCCUGACCAGCUCGGACGAUGAGGUGUACUCCCAGCACAGCAGUCUUCUCUCCUGCAGUCCACAGCGCAGCAGUCUGGGCUCAGAGGGCGAGAGCGAGCGGCAGUUCAACCUCAACGACAACAGCGUUCCCACGGCAACGCAGGCCCUCAUGACCAUGUAUCGCCGCCGCUCGCCCGAGGAGUUCAACCCCAAACUGGCGAAGGAGUUCCUGAAGGAGCAGGCGUGGAAGAAUCACUUUGCGGAAUAUGGUCAGGGUGUGUGUAUGUACCGCACGGAGAAGACCAAAGAGCUGGUGCUCAAAGGCAUCCCGGAGAACAUGAGAGGAGACCUGUGGCUUUUGUUCUCUGGGGCGAUUAAUGAGAUGGCGACGCACCCUGGCUACUACGAGGACUUGGUGGAGAAGUCGAUGGGAAAGUAUAAUUUAGCCACAGAAGAAAUCGAGCGCGACCUGCACCGCUCGCUGCCCGAACACCCGGCCUUCCAGAACGAGAUGGGCAUCGCCGCGCUCAGACGGGUCCUCACUGCGUACGCCUUCCGCAACCCCAAUAUCGGCUACUGUCAGGCGAUGAACAUCGUGACGUCAGUGCUGCUGCUUUAUUCGAAAGAGGAGGAGGCUUUCUGGCUGCUGGUGGCGCUGUGUGAGAGGAUGCUCCCUGACUACUAUAACACCAGAGUCGUGGGUGCCCUGGUGGAUCAGGGUGUGUUUGAGGAGUUGGCCCGUGUGCACGUCCCUCAGCUAUAUGACUGCAUGCAGGAGCUGGGUGUCAUCUCCACCAUCUCCCUGUCCUGGUUCCUCACCCUCUUCCUGUCCGUCAUGCCCUUCGAGAGCGCCGUGGUGGUCGUCGACUGCUUCUUCUUCGAGGGCAUUAAGCUGAUCUUUCAGCUGGCGCUGUCCGUCCUCGACGCCAACAUCCACCAGCUGCUCAACUGCAAGGACGACGGAGAAGCCAUGACGGUGCUCGGCAGGUAUCUAGACAGUGUUAGCAAUAAGGACAGCACUUUGCCCCCGAUCCCACACCUGCACUCUCUGCUCACUGACGAUGGAGAGCCUCACCCUGAGGUGGACAUCUUUAAAUUGGUGCGCAGCUCCUACGAGAAAUUCGGCUCUAUUCGGGCGGAUGUGAUCGAACAGAUGCGCUUCAAGCAGAGACUGAGGGUCAUCCAGACCAUAGAGGAUACGACUAAACGCAACGUGGUUCGCACUAUAGUAACAGAGACGGCGUUCAGCAUGGAUGAGCUGGAGGAGCUUUACACAUUAUUUAAGGCUGAACACCUGACCAGCUGUUACUGGGGCGGAACGAGUAACCCGAUGGACCGUCAUGACCCGAGUCUCCCCUAUCUGGAGCAGUACCGCAUGGACCUGGAGCAGUUUAAAGGCCUGUUCUUGGUGCUCUUCCCCUGGGCCAGCGGCGCGCACACUGACGGCCUCGCCAUCCGCUUCUUCCGGCUGCUGGACCAGAACGCGGACGCGCUCAUCAACUUCCGGGAGUUCAUUAAUGGCCUCGGUGUCCUGUGUCAUGGGGACCUGACUGAGAAACUCAAACUCCUCUACAAGAUGCACAUACUGCCAGAUCUACAUCAUGAGCAGGAAGAGCCGGAUUCGGCUUUUGAGGCUACGCAGUACUUCUUUGAGGACAUGACUCCUGAGACUUCGAAUGUCGCUAAGAAGAGGACUGAGAAAGAUGACGGAUUUGUGCGAGUCACGUUCAAGAACGAAAAAGUGAAGAAAAUGCAGACGCAGGAUUAUCGUACGUACCUGCGGCUGUGGAACCAGGAGAGCAAGUCUAAAACCGAGAGCAUGAAGGAUCUCCCGAAACUCAACCAGGGUCAGUUCAUCGAGCUGUGUAAGACGCUGUAUAAUAUGUUCAGCGAGGACGUUAACGAGCAGGAGCUGUACCACGCCACAGCCACGGUGACCAGCCUACUGCUGGAGAUGGGCGAGGUGGGAAAGCUGUUCAGCAGCCCCUCGAGUAAGGAAGACGACGCAGACGACGAGGAGGACGACGACGAGGACGAGGAGCAGACCACCAUAAGACACAGGAAGCAGCAGAGGACACGGGAGGAUUCGUUAAACCGCUCGGUCGGUGAAAAGCUUCCCACCACGCCGGCAGUGGCGGCGGCGGCAGCGCCCAUGGAGGACAUCAAACUGGACGAAUCGCCCAAAGACACGGGCGCGUCCUCGGCCAUGCUCGUCUCCGACGACGAGACCAAAGACGACACAUCGGUGUCCUCGUACUCGGUCCUGAGCGCCGGCUCGCACGAGAUGGACGAGAAGCUUCAGUGCGAGGACAUCGCUGAGGACACUGUCCUGGUGCGCAGUGGUGCAGGAGGAGACGCGAUCACGCACAGCACGAGUAUCGAUAAGGACUGGGCCAUAACUUUUGAGCAGUUCCUGGCCUCGGUGCUCACCGAACAAGCGCUGGUGCGCUACUUUGAGAAACCCGUGGACAUCGUGGCGCGCAUCGCGAACGCUAAGAACGUGCGUAAGGGCGGCCAGACGCACACGUCCGUCAGCGAUUACGAAAUCUCGCUCUCGGGAUAAAACCCAGACGUCUGUAUUUUACUCGAAAAGUUUACGCCGAUGUUACAGACAUGCACAAAGUGGGAACACAGGAACAAGCAUUACAUCAUCUAACGACAAACGAACAAACAAAAUCUGUAUUUCAAACUGAUCUCCAAAGCCACGUUUAAAGAUCUUCGUACAGUUUGCACACGCCACCAUCUCCAGUUCUGUUUUUU